UUCUAGUCUUUGUGAAUGCACCCGUGAAACGACAAGUUUUUACUUUUUUUUUUACCGUUUUAUCAAUAACAAGUAUCAUGACACUCGGAUUUAAAGCGAUUUCUAGACUAGUCGUGCCCACUUUUGGAAAUUUAUUUUGUUUGACUCGAGCACAGCUAAGUACCAUCAAAAUGGCAGAUAAUAAUCCCGACUACAAAAGUGCGACAAGUAUUCAUGAGUUUACAGUGAAAAACAUAAAAGGUGAAGAUGUUAAACUCGAUGUGUACAAAGGUCAUGUAUGCAUCAUAGUUAACGUCGCUUCGCAGUGCGGCUUGACUGCGAAUAACUACAAACAACUGAAUGAGAUGUAUGACCACUAUGGUGAAAGCAAAGGUCUUCGCAUCUUGGCUUUCCCAUGCAAUCAGUUUGCUGGUCAAGAACCAGGCAACUCUGAAGACAUAGUAUGUUUUGCAAGAGACCGCAAAGUCAAAUUUGAUCUGUUUGAGAAGAUUGAUGUCAAUGGUGAUUCUGCGCAUCCACUGUGGAAGUUUUUAAAGCACAAGCAAGGAGGUACUCUGGGAAGUUUCAUCAAAUGGAAUUUCACAAAAUUCAUCAUUGACAAGAAUGGUAUCCCUGUUGAGCGACAUGGUCCUAAAACUGAUCCCUUGGAUUUGGUGAACUCACUUGAGAAAUAUUGGUGAAGAUAUUUUACUACAGAUGUCAAAUCAUAAAUAUUCCUAUCACAAGUAAUUAAUAAUUGUUAUUUCUUUUGAGUAUGUAGUUUUGUAUUGAAUUAUUGGUAAUGGUAUUUGUUUU